AUGUCUGAGGAGCUAACCCAGUUAAUAGUCACCAGAGUUAAGCAAGCAGGUGUCAAAUGCUUCUUCUGCGGUACUGAGUUGGAUAUCUGGGUCUUGGGCAAACACCUGCCCGUGUGCGCCAAACUGUGUUACAAUAUCAUCAUUGAUAUGUUCCAGACUAAAGAAUCACAGGAGGAGACUCACACGUUGAGGCUGCGUAUAGAGGAGUUAGAGGGAAUCAUCAAGUCAUUAUCGCAACAACAACAACAACAA